GGCUUCCAAGGGGGAAGUGCUGGGCAAUAAUUAAUGUUUUUAUUAAAAUUGGAGGGAAUUUUUUGCAGCCGUUCGCCUAGCGUGGCCUUCAGUCCCGUUAGGUGCAAAGCAAGUCUCGUUGAUCGCCAUUGCUAGUUUUGCACACGUUUGCGAAUCAGAGCUGCCCGGGGUACACCGACCGCGCAGGGAAACAUCGAGAGUGUAAAUAAAUACAUCGCCUCUGGUUCGGAUUUUUGCUACUGCCGAAAAUAUGUAAAUUGUGAACUCUCUUGGCUCUCUUUGGAUCCAGCCUAAAAGCCAUCUUGUUCCCCUCUAGGUUGAUAGAAGUCCAGAUCCCGAGGAAAUCUCCAGCUAAAUGCUCAAAAUAUAAAACACUGAGCUGAGAUUUGCGAAGAGCAGCAGAAUGGAUGGAUUUUAUGACCAGCAAGUGCCUUACAUGGUCACCAAUAAUCAGCGUGGGAGAAAUUGUAACGAGAAACCAACAAAUGUCAGGAAAAGAAAAUUCAUUAACAGAGAUCUGGCUCAUGAUUCAGAAGAACUCUUUCAAGAUCUAAGUCAAUUACAGGAAACAUGGCUUGCAGAAGCUCAGGUACCUGACAAUGAUGAGCAGUUUGUGCCAGACUAUCAGGCUGAAAGUUUGGCUUUUCAUGGCCUCCCACUGAAAAUCAAGAAAGAACCCCACAGUCCAUGUUCAGAACUUGGUUCUGCCUGCAGUCAAGAACAGCCCUUUAAAUUCAGCUAUGGAGAAAAGUGCCUGUACAAUGUCAGUGCCUAUGAUCAGAAGCCACAAGUGGGAAUGAGGCCCUCCAACCCCCCAACACCAUCCAGCACCCCAGUGUCCCCCCUGCACCAUGCGUCUCCCAACUCAGCUCACACUUCGAAACCUGACCGCGCCUUCCCAGCUCACAUCCCUCCGUCGCAACCCAUUCAAGACAGCAGCUACCCCAUGGACCACAGAUUUCGCCGCCAACUUUCUGAACCCUGUAAUUCCUUUCCUCCUUUGCCGACAAUGCCAAGGGAAGGACGUCCCAUGUACCAACGGCAGAUGUCUGAGCCAAACAUUCCCUUCCCACCUCAAGGCUUUAAGCAGGAGUACCACGACCCAGUGUAUGAACACAAUACCAUGGUUGGUGGUGCGGCCAGCCAAAGCUUCCCCCCUCCUCUGAUGAUCAAACAGGAGCCCAGAGAUUUUGCAUACGAUUCAGAAGUGCCUAGCUGCCACUCCAUUUAUAUGAGGCAAGAAGGCUUCCUGGCUCAUCCCAGCAGAACAGAAGGCUGCAUGUUUGAAAAGGGCCCCAGGCAGUUUUAUGAUGACACCUGUGUUGUCCCAGAGAAAUUCGAUGGAGAUAUAAAACAAGAGCCAGGAAUGUAUCGGGAAGGACCCACAUACCAGCGGCGCGGAUCACUUCAGCUCUGGCAGUUUUUGGUAGCUCUUCUGGACGAUCCUUCAAAUUCCCAUUUCAUUGCCUGGACUGGGAGAGGCAUGGAAUUUAAAUUGAUUGAGCCUGAAGAGGUGGCCCGGCGUUGGGGCAUUCAGAAAAACAGGCCAGCUAUGAACUAUGAUAAACUUAGCCGUUCACUCCGCUAUUAUUAUGAGAAAGGAAUCAUGCAAAAGGUGGCUGGAGAGAGAUACGUCUACAAAUUUGUAUGUGAUCCAGAAGCCCUCUUCUCCAUGGCCUUUCCAGAUAAUCAGCGCCCACUGCUGAAGACAGACAUGGAGCGUCAUAUCAACGAAGAGGACACAGUACCUCUGUCCCACUUUGACGAGAGCAUGGCCUAUAUGCCAGAAGGGGGCUGCUGCAACCCUCACCCCUAUAACGAAGGCUAUGUGUAUUAACACAAGUGACAGUCAAGGGCCUCCUCGCGCUUCUCCUCUUUUGCAAGAUGCAGAGAAUCUCUGAAUUCUCUUCAAUCUUUGUCUGAUUUUUGUUGUUUG